AUGAAAGUGAACAAGUUUACUAAACUCGAUCUGAACCUACCACAACAACUACUUGUGCAAAAAAAGCAUGAACACGAACAGUCAUCCAUAGUACCUGCCAAUCAUAUAGCCUACACUUUGCGCAUGACAAUAACGCCUCAAGUGGGAUUACAAGGCGAACAUACGACAAUGAUAAGCAGUGCUUCUAGUGAUGAUAGUAUCAUAAGUUAUUUUUGCUAUGCCAGAUGGCUAUCAAAUGAAGACGACCAUAAUGAAACUACUCUGUCAUAG